AUGGGAUUUGCUGCCACGCACAUUACCAACAUGAAAGACACAAAACCUACUAUGCCUUCAAUGAAGCAAGAAUCUCCAGACAUGUACAGAACCGACACUGAGCUGGGGAACAAGCCCGUCGGCAUGCCCAUCACGAAACACAACCAAACUGGCGACACCGAUACCAACCGACAACCAACUCCCAACACCUGUCCACCAGUCCCUGAUAUCUGGCUUUUCCGUCUGUGCAACCCACCCACCAGAAAACUUACCCGAAAAGAACGAGCGAAAAUAUUCAGGGCGCAGGAAAGGAUCGACGCAGCACUAUGUGGCCUUGGGCCUGGUGUCAACAUUGCGAAGAGCGUCCCCCUACGCAGUCUGAACUUGCCACCGCAACAAGACGCUGCGAUUACAGUGGCACAAGAGCAGCUCGAGAUGAAUGUCCGGUGGAGAAGGAUCAACUUCGGGAAAGGGCAAUUGACUGUCGAUGCCGAAUUGGAAGCUUCGGCUGCGAUGCGGCGGUUUAGAGUUCAGGCUCAUAGACAGGGACAGCGAGAGAAACGGCGGCAAACACACAAAUCAGCUCAGAUUCACGCUCCAUCGAAGGCCUUACAAGAUACGAGCCGUUUAAUGCCAGCGUCAUCUCCACUACCGCAACACCCCACCGGAUUCAUAUCCGUGUCCAGAGCUCCUGAGCGCGAAGCAUCUCGCAUGAACGCCGGCCAGCCAAAGGGUCCGAAGGAUUUCGAGAAAGCAAAGCAUAGAGUCGAAGAAGAGGGACGUUGGUGCGAAGAGUUUAAGCAGUGGUACUCAGGGUAUGAUUCUGACUACUAUGAUUGUAUUGACUACACAAUGAAUUGA